AGAGCGCGUGACUCUCAGACACGUGACCAGCGAGAAGCAAAGGAGGAUUGUGAGGCAGUGCAAACCCUAUUAUUUAUAUUUUGCUAAAUACAUUUUAAAAAUGCUGGACUUUGAACCGGAGCGAUACAGUACGAUGGAGAAUAGACUGCGAUUUCUAACUAAUAAUGAGAAAGAGAUAUUGUAGAUAGCUGUUUUAUUUCUGUACUGGCGACUUGUCGUUCUUACUUAUGGACGAAUAUUUUGGAAACACCUACUAACCUACUACACCUGUGUGUUAAUUCACGAAUUUAGCUUAAAAGUGAAGAUGUCUUGGGUUCAUUAAGUCGCUCACUGAGUCUGUAGGUGACUGCCAGGAAGACUGAAAAGAUGAAUGCGUUAGUUGCCUUUUGUCACUUCUGUGAACUCCACGGGCCUCGGACGCUGUUUUGCACCGAGGCUGUUCAUCCACCAUCACCCUCGCCUCCUCAGCCUGGAUCAGCGUGGAUGCCUGACCGAGAACCUGAAGGAGAACGUGAUGGAGAGGGACUCACCAUGAAGGCCAACAGCUCAGACACACACAGAGCUGACAUGUGCGAGGGCUGUCGCUCCCUCCCUGCCUCUCACCCUGGCUUUGUGAGUGUGGACAGUGAGACAGGGAUUCGCUUCCUUAGUCAUCAGCACCCACGUCAGCCUCAGCUGUUCAGCGUGGUGCGGCAGGCUUGUGUGCGCAGUCUGAGCUGUGAGGUGUGUCCAGGUAGAGAAGGACCCAUCUUUUUUGGGGAUGAGCAGCAUGGUUUUGUGUUCUCACACACGUUCUUCAUCAAAGACAGCCUGGCGCGUGGCUUCCAGCGCUGGUACAGCAUUGUUAUAGUGGCCAUGGACAGGAUCUACCUCAUCAACUCCUGGCCUUUCCUGCUGCGCCACCUCAAAAUCACCAUCCAGAGUCUGCAGAGCACAGCACUCCAGGUGUUUGAUAGCGAGCAGGUGGUGUGCCCUCAGAGAGCUGUACGGAUUUUUUCACCAGCAGGGUUUCCUCAUCAACGCAAUGGCAAUGCAGCUCGUUCUCUAACCUCUCUUACCCAGCAUCCCAACCUGUGGGAGAGCCUGCACACUUCUUUCAGUUGGUUGCUAAAGGCAUGUGGGAGCCGACUGACUGAAAAAUUACUCGAGGGAGCGCCAACUGAAGACACACUUGUCCUCAUUGAAAGAAAAACAGAACAAGAAGAGGAGAUGAAUGCUGAGGGAGGUGACAGUAUAGCUGAGGAGAGCCAGUCAGACACCACACAGGACAGAGAUUUUCUGUGUGGUGAUGAUGGAAAAGAUGAAGAGCCUCUUGGUCCAAAAUUCAAAUCUCUGAGACAUUUACGACAGGUCCUUGGUGUGGCAGAAUUCAGACAGCUGGCAUGGCAUGUGCUAAUGGGAAACCAAGUAAUAUGGAGAGGCCAGGACUGUGGUCUUAUCCAGUCAGCUUUUAACAUGCUCAAGGCUUUGCUCCCAGUGGGUUGUGUUCGUGUGGUGCCUUACAGCACACAAUAUGAAGAAGCAUAUCGAUGCAAUUUCCUGGGCCUGAGCCCUGACGUGCAAAUCCCAGCUCAUGUUACUUCUUCCGAGUUCAUGGUGUUGGUAGAGGUGCUGAAUGUGGAACAGGGCAGAGCGUAUCCUGCAUACAGUGAUGAUCUCCUUUCACUGUACCAGUUCAAUAUCACCAGCGCUAAUACACAACCGACAGACAAAGGACCAACGCUGUUGAAUAAGAUCGAUCUGGCACUGGCUAAUGAGAAUCUGUCUGUGGAUGUGGUGUCUCAUUGUUUGCUCUGUCUAAAGGAGGAGUGGAUGAAUAAAGUGAAAGUGCUGUUUAAGUUCUCCAAGGUGGAUGGAAGGGGUAGGGAGGACACACAGAAGGUUUUAGCCCUGCUGGGGGCCACUGGACAUGGAGAAGAGGAUAACGUGCGUCUCCUUAAGUUCUGGAUGACAGGGCUGAGCAAGACGUACAAGAGCCAUCUAAUGACCGCCGUCCGAGGAGUAGAGAGAACACUGAGUCAAUAAGUGUGUGUGAGCGAGAGAGUGAACAUUAGCAGUGCUCCAAAACCAUUCCGUUGUGAAUAUGUGAGGUGGUGUGUUUUGAAGGAGUUUUUGUAUUGCAUCGUGUGUUUUUAUGGGUGAAUUAAAAUUGUCUAAAAGUGAUGUAGCCACUUGCAAAACUGUUCAACUACAUGGAGAUUUUCAGCUGUCACAUUCUUACAAAUUUAUAUCAUUUAUCAGUUACUGACAAUAGGAGAGAUGCACAAUAUUCGAUUCAUUAUCAAAUCUUUGACUUUGGCAUUGUUGUUAUUGCAAAAGGCUUUUCUUUUUCCUUAAGGAGGUUCCUUUCUUUGUUCUUAGCCCAAAGCCCUAGUACAUAAUAGGUACGUAACAAGCACCACCCUGCAUGAGAUAGAUGUUAUAACUUGCACAUGAAUUUUUUUUUUUUUUUUUUUUUUUUUUUAAAUCUCGCCGCACAUAUUUCCAACGUAUUAGCUUAAGCUCUCAUGCUGUUUACAAAAGUUGAGAUGGACUACUGUAAUUAUUGUUUUCACCAUCACAGAGCUUGUAGAUACUUAAUUCUUACUCUUGGAUUCUGAGGGAUUGAAUAUUAAGUUAUUAAAGCAAGAAUCUAUUUACUUUUCAUAAAUAAUGCCACUUGAUAAACUGAGUAGUCAUUGUACCAUCUGCAUUACCUCUGUGCUGUUUAAAGCACAAGCCUUAUUUAUUUUAUUUAUGCAGCUGGUAUAUUUCGGUUUAUGAUUUAGAAGAAAAACUACAAGAUAUGCUCAGAUAUAUUCUGUCUGCAUGAAACAUCUGUUGAAAAAUGUGUGUGCUGUUUGUCAUGUAGGAGGAGUGAAAAUCACUUCUGGUAAACCUGUAUAUGAAGAAUCUGCACUCAUUCAUUUCAAUCCAAGCAGGACAGUGGCUGUGUUUUAUACAAGUGUUUUAGUGAGAGAACUUGAAUAAGUCGUUUAUUUUGCACCUUCACUGAUUUCUCUGUUAACUUGAGUUUUACUUGGAAUGUCUCUGUGUGUCAUACUUCAUAACUUGCUGUUAAUAUUUGCCUUUUACUGUAAAUAGAAAUGCUAAAUAAACAAAUUUUGCUUGUAAACAAA